UUUGUCAUUUCCUGACUGAAGGAAGUGACAAUAUCAAGGAACAAGAAGUUGAGACCUCUCCUACAGCAUGUAAGAAAGUGAAGAAAACAAGAAAUAAAAAAGGCAUGAGGGAGCCUUCACUAUGUGGCUGCUCCGGAUCUCCACCUUCCAAAACAGCUCCUUUGUGGACACGGAGGGCAUGGGCCUGCUGGAAGACAUCGAGCUGGGUUCCCUUGAUCAGCAUACCUGGAAAAUCCGCUUCCACCAGCCCUGGGUACGCCCAGCCCUUCCCAGUGGUGACUGGGACGCGAUGGAGAACAUGAUCAAGAUCUAUUUGCAACAAUUCAACUACCAGUUCAAUGAAGGUGCUGUGCAGAAUAAUGUACCCUACCCCAUUGUGUUCCAAGGCAUGGCGGGCUGCACGCUCUACCCCAACAAGUCCUCCCAGACCUUUGUGCAAGUGGCCUACAAUGGCCAGGACUUCUUCAGCUUCUGUGUGGACGAUGUCACUUGGGUCCUCUCCCAAGACACCGACUUGUCACAGUAUGCCCAGUCCAUUAUCCAGAAUUAUACUGCCUUCACUGACAUGCUAACCGUGCUCCUCAACGACACCUGUAUCGACUACACGGAGAGGUUACUGCACUAUGGGAAGGCAGCUCUGGAGAGACAAGAGCUGCCCGUGGCCACCGUCUUCGCCCGCACACCCAGCCCAGCCCAGCUCCUGCUGGUUUGCCGCGUCACCGGCUUCUACCCGCGGUCCAUCAGCGUGGCCUGGCUGCGGGAUGGCCAGGAGGUGCCGCCAGGCCCAGACACCAACACCAGCGCCAUCCUGCCCAACGCCGACCUCACCUACCAGCUGCGCAGUGUCCUGGCCGUGGCCCCCCAUGACGGGCACAGCUACGCCUGCCGCGUGCGCCACCGCAGCCUGGGCACCCGCAGCCUCCUCAUCCCGUGGGGGUACUCAGAUGUGGUGCUGAUUGCAGGACUUGUGGCUGGGCUGCUGGCAGUUGUGGCCAUGGCUGCCGUCAUGGUGUUUUGGCUGUGGAGACGCAGGUGAGGCCCUUUCUGUCCCAGGGAGCUGCAGUGAAUUAAUGGUGCUAAUUACAGGAAACACCAAAGGAAAAAAAAAAUAAAGUGUGUUUGUGUUGCUAGUUAGCUGUUAGUGACCCCACAUGCACCUGCACAAGCUAUACACCUGCUAAUAGCCUGUCAAUCAGCUGCUCAGGAAGAAGUGAGCAACAAUCACCAUAUAGGAUACCAUGAGGCCUAAUGGUCACCUCAUACAACUGCAUAGAGAAACAUCCCCCUGCCCCU